AUGUUCGCCGCUCGUCGUCUCGCUACUCGUGUCCCUCGCGCCGGUGUCGCGCCCUUCCACAGCACCGCGCCCGCCUUCGUCCAAAAGGGCGACGCUAUCCCCAACAUUGACCUGGUCGAGAACUCCCCCGGUAACAAGGUCAACCUCGCCAAGGAGCUUUCAGGCAAGGGUGUCAUCGUCGGCGUUCCGGCAGCAUUCACUUGGGACAUCAUGUUAACCACCUUCGCGCAACCAGGCCCCGCCUGCUCGGCCAGCCACAUCCCCGGCUACAUCAAUCACCCCAAGCUCAAGGAGGCCGGCCCGGUCUUUGUCGUGGCCGUGAAUGACCCCUUUGUGACCAAGGCGUGGGCCGACUCCCUUGAUCCCCAGGCCAAGUCUGGUGUCCGCUUCCUGGGUGACCCGUCCGGCCAGUUCACCGAGGCUCUUGACCUGAGCUUUGACAGCGCCGCUAUCUUCGGUAACAACCGCAGCAAGCGUUAUGCAUUGCUGGUGGAGAACGGCAAGGUGAAGGAGGCUUUUGUGGAACCUGACAACAUCGGUCUGAACGUCUCCGCCGCCGAGAAGGUGCUCGCUUAG